GCACGACAUAGAUGUCGCUGUAGUAGCGACGCGAGACGACCCAAGCUAGCUUGCUCUGGGAACAUUUUUCCACACUACUUCGAGCUCCAUACAAUUUCUUCUGUUUCUCAGUUCUCUGCAGUUUGGUUGUGUACCAGUUCAAAAAUAAUUCAAAAUUUUCGCCAUAAGGAAAAAAGUCAAAAUGACGGACAAGCCGAAGCGUCCUAUGUCAGCAUACAUGAUUUGGCUCAACAGCGCAAGAGAACAAAUCAAGUCCGAGAAUCCUGGUCUAAAAGUCACCGAAAUAGCUAAAAAGGGAGGUGAAAUAUGGAGGGGCAUGAAAGACAAGAGUGAAUGGGAAGAAAAGGCGGCUGAAGCCAAGGAGCAAUACACUAAAGAUCUAGAAUCAUAUAAUGCCAAUGGUGGAGGUGGUGAAGGUGGUGGCAAGAAGCCACAAAAGCGAGGAAAGAAGGGCAAGAAAGCACCAGCACCCAAGGCUAAGAAGAAGAAGGAGGAGUCUGAGGACGAGGACGGUGGCGAGGAGGAGGAUGAGGAAAGCGAAUGAUCUCCUAACCAUAGGCAUUUCUGUUCAUAUUGAAUAAAUUUACUGGAUUUAAUUUAUUAACAAAGUAAAAUCGGACUGACUUUCCAAAGUCUGUAUUUCCAUAUGUUCUUAAUUUUUAUAUGAGUAUUACAGAUUAUUAAUUCAAAGAAAAAGAUUAAUUAACAAUUUAAUGUAUUUAUGAAGAUUUGGAUAUGAUAAAAUUGUUGAUUAUUUGACAGGUGUUAUUUACUACUUAUGUCUUGAUUGUAGUAUUGAAUAGUGUUUAGGUUUAAGUGUGCAGAGUUUGGAAAGUUUCACCGCAGGCUUGGUGUCUUUAGGGUUUCCAAGCCUAAAAAAAAAUAAUUUAAGUGUUAGCAUGUAUACACUGGGGAAUUGUACAGUUAGCCCUCCCUCGUUAAGUUCGCUGUGACUCUGGAUGCUCACCUUUUAAUGUACUUUGAAUGGUUUCAUCAAAACUGUGUCUACUACAAUCCUUCUGCCGUAAAGCUGUGCUUUAAAUCAGUUUGAUAUGCCAUAAGUAUAAUUUACGUCCUAGAUUUAUUUUGCCCACAUAGACAAGUUUUGGUCAAACUAUAUCAACAUGUAAAAUAAGAGACAAUUCCAUGUAUGAAGAGACAGCUUAUUGUUAAUUAAACCUACCUCUCUCAUUGUAAAUUUCAAUGCUUAUAAUGGUACCAAACUUUUAAGCUAAGAUCAGUCGGGACACGAGCCCGAUCUGUUAGGAAAUUGAUGUGUAUGUUGUAUUUUUAGUUAUAGGUAGGUUUUCAAUGUGAUUAGUCUCUCAAAUUUUACAUUUGUGUUAUUUUUAAAAUGAGAAUUAGCAUUCCUCAUGUCAAUACGGAUUUUACAUGUUCAAUAAAGUAAUUUCAUAUAAGAUUCUAUUUUUC